AUGGGUUUCUCCGCCCUGCUAGCGAGCGCGUUGUGCACCUCCGUGCUGCCGCUGCUGCUCUUUCUGGCUGCGGUCAAGCUCUGGAACCUGUACUGCUUGAACACCCGGGACCGCAGCUGCAGCCUCCCGUUGCCCCCAGGGACUAUGGGGCUGCCCUUCUUCGGAGAGACGCUGCAGAUGGUAUUGCAGCGGAGGAAGUUUUUGGAGAUGAAGCGCAGAAAGUACGGCUACAUAUAUAAGACUCAUCUCUUCGGGCGGCCCACGGUGCGGGUCAUGGGCGCGGACAACGUGAGGCAGAUACUUCUGGGGGAGCACCGUCUUGUGUCCGUGCACUGGCCCGCCUCUGUCCGGACCAUUCUGGGCUCCGGCUGUCUCUCCAGCCUCCACGAUUCUUUGCACAAGAAGCGCAAAAAGUUGAUCAUGCAGGCUUUCAACCGGGAGGCGUUGCAGUGCUACGUGCCGAUAAUAGCUGAAGAAAUAAGAAAUACUUUGAGAAGGUGGCUCCAAUGCGGCGACCGCGGCCUCCUGGUCUACCCCGAGGUGAAGCACCUCAUGUUCCGAAUCGCUAUGCGCAUCUUGCUGGGCUGCGAGUCGGACAGCGCGACCAGCGGGGACAGCGAGAGGGAAUUAGUGGAAGCUUUUGAGGAGAUGAUCCGUAACCUGUUUUCCCUGCCCAUCGAUAUGCCCUUCAGCGGACUUUACCGGGGCGUGAAGGCGAGGAACCUCAUCCACGCGCGCAUUGAAGAGAACAUUCGUGCCAAGCUGGGAAGACAACGGGAGCCCGAGGCCGGGGGUUGCCGUGUCAAAGAUGCUUUGCAGCUGCUCAUCGAGCACACGCAGGAGAAUGGCGAGAGGCUAGAUAUGCAGGAACUGAAGCAGUCUUCAACUGAACUUCUCUUUGGAGGGCAUGAGACUACAUCGAGUGCUGCCACAUCUCUGAUCACUUACCUAGGACUCCAUCACCAUGUGCUUCAGAAAGUGAGAGAAGAACUAAAGAGUAAGGGUUUACUUUGCAAAAGCAGCCCAGAUGAAAAACUGGACAUAGACAUUUUGGAGCAACUGAAGUAUAUAGGAUGUGUUAUUAAGGAAACUCUCAGGCUGAAUCCUCCUGUUCCAGGGGGCUUUCGUAUUGCUCUUAAGACUUUUGAGUUACAUGGGUACCAGAUUCCCAAAGGUUGGAAUGUUAUCUACAGUAUCUGUGAUACCCAUGAUGUUGCAGACAUUUUCACCAACAAGGAAGAAUUUAACCCUGACCGAUUUCUGUUGCCUUAUCCAGAGGAUUCUUCCAGGUUCAGUUUCAUUCCAUUUGGAGGGGGGCUCCGGACCUGCGUAGGCAAAGAGUUUGCAAAAGUUCUUCUCAAAAUAUUUACAGUGGAGCUGGUCAGGCAUUGUGAUUGGCAACUUUUAAAUGGACCUCCUACCAUGAAAACUGGUCCCACUGUGUACCCAGUGGACAAUCUCCCUACAAAAUUUAUGCAUUUCAAGGGUGAAAUUUAGUUAGUGAAAAC